AAUAGAAGAGUUGAACUUUUCAUCAUCGUGCUUGUCAAUUUACACCAUAUUUGUGGGUAUCAACCUUUCUCGUUUCACUUACAUUCUGUUUUUAAAUCAAACUUGAAAAUAUAUUUGGAUUUAUUAUUUUCAACUAAUUGUGACCCUUGAUUGUACCGUGAAUCUGGUUAUUUACAUUUUAUUUCAAUUAUAUUUUUGGAUCAAACAUGGUUGAUGAAUCAACACAUUUUUCCUUGUACAACCAUCUUUUUUAUUGAAUGCGUAUCCCAACUUAACCAUUGCUUCUUUGCAAAAAUAACAUCUCCUUUCUUCAUUAUUUUUCUUCGUUUAUUUUUAUUCGGUAUUGGAGUACCAAGUGUUUAACUUAUUCAAAUUAUGUCUUCUUAAUUUAUUAACAAAUCGACUAAUCUCCUAACUCACCAUCAUAACGUAAUUUUUGUUACCAAAAUUGUCAUGGUCUUUUAUCUUGACAUUCAACAGUUUCAGCCUGUUGAUCCUUUUUUCACAGCUAUUACCAAAAUUGACCACAAUCACAAACAAUACUUUUAAUUUGAACAUUUUUUCAACUGUUUCUAGUGAUUUUUUGCCUUCAUUUAUAGUUCAAUUGGUUAAGCUUCAAGCUUAUUCCUUUGUGUCCACAAAUAUUCAAGGAUAUACAUAAACAUUGAGUGAAUAUGUCUUCUUCGGGAAGAAGCCGUCGAAGUCAAAUUGAUAGCUCAUCGGUAGCUAGCAGCGAUGGUUUUGGAGAUGACAAUCUUUCAAUUGAUGUUGAACGAGAUGAGGUUAAAAGGAAAUCUCGAAAUCUCAGUGAAAAGAAGCGCCGUGAUCAGUUUAAUAUGUUAAUCAAUGAGCUUUGCUCCAUGGUGAAUUUGGACCCUAGUGAAGAUAUUGGCAGCUCAGGUAACAAAAAAAUGGACAAAUCAUCUGUUCUUCGAGCUACAAUCACAUUUCUUAAAAACCAUACUGAGGAGACAAAACAUCAUGCUAACGAGAUAGGUGAAGAUAAUUGUCAACCAGAUAAUUCAGCUAGUUCUGGUUUCAUUAAUUCAUGGAAACCAUCUUUUCUAUCAACUGAAGAAUUUUCUCAUUUAAGCUUAGAGGCUUUAGAUGCUUUCAUCCUUGUUUUCGAAGCCGACUCUGAAGGAAAGAUCAUAUAUGCUUCGGAAUCAAUAUUUCCUCUUCUUGGUAUAAGCUCAUCAUAUCUAUCUAACAAAUCAUCUACAAGCUCAUCAGCUCCAGGACUUUCAUCGGUUGCAUCAAACUCUUCUUUAAUGACCAUCAAUAUUGAUAAUGAUGCCAACCAUGGUGGAAUUUCAGUUUAUGACAUUAUUCAUGAGAAAGAGAAAUCAGCUCUUCGUAAACUGGUAAUAGAAGCUGUUAGCAGUGGUAAAACGGACGAGUUUGUCUCAAUGAUGAUCCACUUUCGACAUGAUUCAUCAAACUUGAAUCAAACUGAAACAUUCAGUGAAUAUUUUUACGAAUUAGUCCGACUUGUUGGCACUUUUAGAAAAAUAGAUGACUAUAUGGGAUAUGGAGUUCCCAAGAACUGCUUCAUGACGAUUUGCCGCCUUCAAACGCCCAAACUGUUGAAAGAGCUUCGUAUAUUGGCUCCUUUAUCAAAUGAUUAUGGCGCAAUCAAAAACAAUGAAUUUAUUUCGAGGCAUUCAUUGGAGUGGAAGUUUCUCUUUUUGGAUCACAGAGCACCAAUGAUAAUUGGUUAUUUGCCCUUUGAAGUUUUGGGAACAUCAGGCUAUGACUAUUAUCACUGGGAUGAUUUGGAUUUGGUUGUUGCUGGUCACCAACGCCUAAUGCAAAUUGGAAGCGGCGAAUCUUGCUAUUAUAGGUUUUUAACUAAAGGUCAACAAUGGAUUUGGUUAAGAACAAAGUAUUUCAUCACUUAUCAUAUGUGGAACUCGAAACCAGAAUUUGUGGUUUGUACACACACAGUCAUUGAUUUUGAUGAAAGAUUAGGAAAUAAUUUAAAAGAUGAUAGCCGCCAAAAUGAUAGUGGUAAAGUUAAUCAAGAUACAAAUUCAUCAAGAAAUAUUACAAGUAGCGAUUUAAUCAAAUCAAAGACACCUCAAUGGUCCAUAAAUGAGUUUAAUGAAGGAAUUAAUGAUCAAUCAAUUUACAUAUCUGAAAAAACAGGCGUCACUUAUCCAGUGCCCAAUGAUUCUAAUGGAUCAACAACUUAUUCUAUGAAUUCCAACAUGAUGGCCGUUGCAAUUGAAGGAAGCUUAUCACUUGCCUCAUCUUCCAAUUCUUCAGCUGAUUACAUCCUAAAUAAUUCUAUGUACGAACCUUCACCGUAUUUAAUAAAUCAAACUUCAACAACACAGCCACAACAACAGCAUCAGGCAACUAUAACUCACAAUAUGGUUGAACAACCAAAACAAUCUACAUCGCAUAUUGUACAGCAAAAUCCUCAACCACAAACACAUCACCUAUCGCACCAUCAACCAAAGCAAUGUCAACAACAGCAACAACAUCAACCCUCGACAAUAUCUCCUGUAUCUUACCAUCAACAAGUCUCACAGGAUUUUGGAAACACUAGCGUUAUUCCUCAAACCGAUCCUAUGGUUCCCAAUUCUAUUGUCAGUGUAGCACAAUACGCUAACAUGUCUACAGGAAAUAGUCAAGUUUCAUAUGCAAAUCUGCAAGAAUCCUUACAAAAGAAGCAUCAAAUUUUACAAAAACAAAUCAAAGAACAGCAAGAAGAAUUACGGCGUGUUUCAGAACAAUUAAUGCUGGUUCAAGUCGUAAAUCCACCAUUGAAUUCACAAGAAGCAACAAUUAAAUCAAGUUCCGAUCUCACUCUCUUACAAAGCGUCACUCAAACUCAUAACAUUCAAAGUCUACAGCCAAGUUUAACAAAUGAAACCCUAAAUAGGGUUGACAAUGAUCUAUCGAGUGUAGGCGCGAUAUAUACUGAUCUCUCUUGCCCAGAUCACACAAUGAUUUCAAGAGAGUUUUCAACGAGUUUACAAAAUGUUGAUUUACUGUAUCCACAAGAAAAAUCCAGUAUUUGAAGGUAAAAGUUUAAUCUAACUUUACCUAUUGACUGUGAACUCGAGCAAACUAAAACCUAUAGCCAACAAAUAUUGUUAUUUAAUCAUCAACUUUCCAGUGUUUUCACAAUUUUCAUAUACUCAACAUUAUUGGAUAAAGAAAAGAUACUCAGAAAAGAUUAUAUUCUUGGACAUGAUAAAAAAGCAACAAAAAAAGUGUUGAAAAAGACAAGAAAUGGUCACAAAUAAACAUGGAGUAAAUUGAAUUAAUAUUGAUCGUGUUAACACAUUCAUCUUCAUAAAGAAAAGUACCCAUUCUUUGGCCCUUAUGGUUUAAGCUAAAGUACUUCAACCCAUAGAGAAAAGUUAAUCGAGCUUGACACUAUAAUACAUCUCCUUUUUCAUCUUCAUCUUCAUCUUCAUCUCUGUUUGUUUGUCUUUUUCCUCUUUCAUACAAUUCUCUUUCUUCUUCACCUAUUGUAUACAUAUUUAAGCUUCCUCAAGUCAGAAGGAGAGUAAAUAAUGAUAAAGGAGCAUUUAAUUUACCAACAAAACGCCAUUCAAUUGGAAAAGGAAUACCAGUUAACCACAGUAUUUGUAAAUGAAUACAUUUGUACAUGAGAUUGUGUAAAUUGUCAAACACCAAAAGUCCUGUCCCUAACAAUUCAUCUUCCUCCUUCCCUUCCACCUCUCUAUAUCUUUCAUCUUUAACCACCUUUUCCAGUCUCUUCAUUUUCUGAGGCAGAUCCUUCACCUUUCCUUUGCUUGUUAUCACAAAUAAUAUUAAUAUUAAUGAUGGCUAUUAUAGCAGCAAACAGAAACUCGAAGCCUUCAAUAUUGUUUAUCAUAAUUAUGUAAAAAUCCUCGAUAAAUUUUCCCUCUCGUCCUAAUUUACCCUUUUACUGUGUUUCUCUUGAACAAUCUUAACAUUAUCCCAGUUACAAUUACUAACUCUUAAUCACUUUGCAAUCUCAUUGUACAUUUCUGCUUCUAAUGUCACUAUUGAUAUAGUGAAUCUAACAACAGAAUCAAUCUUUUCUGCUCUUCAACCAUUAAUUCAAUGUAAUUGAAUCCAAUUGUUACCCCCUUGAUCAGCUUAUAAAUUUAAAUUUUUAUUUCCAUUUCUAUAAGUUUUAUCUGUAUCACCCUAAAUCAUUAAAAUCAUUUUGUUUUUUUAAUUUACUCAAUAAAAUC